UGUGUGAGAGAGAGAGUGAGGGUGAGUGUGUGCAGGAGAGAGUGGCUGAGCUGGGAGGUUUUUUGCUUUUGUUUGCCUGGUGGAUUUGUUUCGGAGUGUCUGAAAAGCCCUUUGUGUGUCACUGCUGUAAUCAAACCCCUGGGGGGAGGCGGGGAGAGGUGGAGCAGUGCAGAGGGGGCAUGCUCACUAGGCAGGUGAAGCAAAAGGAUCCGAGGCGCCCAGCUGUAUCGGUUGACCACACUGCAGGACUGUUAUUCUGAGUGAAGGACCCUGCAAGCGCUACUAAGUGGUUAUCAUGGGCUUAAUUGCAUUUCUGAAGACCCAGUUUAUAGUUCAUCUCCUCAUUGGGUUCGUCUUUGUUGUGAGCGGAUUGAUCAUUAACUUCAUCCAGCUAUGCACACUAGUCCUCUGGCCAAUAAACAAGCAGUUUUAUCGCAGAGUAAACUGUCGUCUCUCCUACUCGCUUUGGAGCCAGUUAGUAAUGUUGCUGGAAUGGUGGUCAGGCACCGAAUGUACUUUAUUCUCAGACCAGGCCACAGUGGAUAAAUUUGGAAAAGAGCAUGUCAUCAUCAUCUUGAAUCACAACUUUGAAAUAGACUUCUUGUGUGGCUGGACUAUGACUGAACGCUUUGGAGUGUUAGGGAGUUCCAAAGUUCUUGCUAAGAGAGAACUGUUAUACGUUCCCCUGAUUGGCUGGACAUGGUACUUCCUUGAGAUAGUUUUCUGCAAAAGAAAAUGGGAAGAAGACAGAGAUACAGUUAUUGAGGGACUAAAACGUUUGUCUGACUAUCCUGAAUACAUGUGGUUUCUCUUGUAUUGCGAAGGAACUCGUUUUACAGAGACUAAGCAUCGUAUCAGCAUGGAGGUAGCUGCAUCCAAGGGAUUGCCUAAACUCAAAUAUCAUCUGUUACCCAGAACCAAAGGUUUCACCACUGCAGUCCAGUGUCUCAGGGGAACAGUUUCAGCAGUGUAUGAUGUAACACUAAACUUCCGAGGAAACAAGAACCCCUCUUUACUGGGAAUCCUUUAUGGAAAAAAAUACGAAGCAGAUAUGUGUGUGAGGAGAUUUCCUCUUGAAGAUAUCCCUCAAGAUGAAAAGGCAGCUGCAAACUGGCUUCAUAAACUUUAUCAAGAAAAGGAUGCUUUACAAGAGAUGUAUAAUCAAGAAGGCAUUUUUCCUGGCCAACAGUUUAAACCUCCUAGAAGACCAUGGACACUUCUAAACUUUCUCUUCUGGGCUACGGUCCUCCUCUCUCCUCUCUUCACAUUUGCUUUUGGAAUUUUUGCAAGUGGAUCACCCCUUCUUAUCCUUGCGUUCUUGGGAUUUGUUGGAGCAGCUUCCUUUGGAGUUCGUAGACUGAUAGGAGUAACUGAAAUAGAAAAAGGCUCCAGUUAUGGCAACCAAGAAUUCAAGAAAAAGGAAUAACUGACAGCUGCAGCUCAGCACAUAUAGCCAGACUAUGGUAUCAAAUUAACUUCAUUAAAAAAAAAAAACACUUAGAAACUAUCUUUUUUUUUCCUUAGUAAGUGGUGACUAAUAUUAAUGAAUAAAACUUGAGCCAAGAGUGAAAAAAAAAUGGAAGAAUCAAGAGAAGAGAAAACAUCAACUUUUCUGCCUGUUUAAGGAGCAUUGUAUUCAAACUUUGACAGAAAAUCUGGGCUAAAAAAAUGAUAACCUUGCUUUGUCUGUGUUUGGGGGUGCAUAUUGGAUGCUACCACAUGCUUCUUCAGAUGAUCUAUCUCACUCACUUGGCAACAGGAGCCGUUGAACGUUUCCUCUUGCUAUAGCCAAUUUAAUAGUUGUUAUUUUUUUCCAACAUCUCUUCUUUUUUAAUGGUGAGGAUAAUCCAGAAAAGACAACCCAUUGUAAAUUAAUUGAUGGCUCUUUCUUAGGUGAAAGCCACUGGAAAAGCCAUUUCUUUAUGACUACAGACAAAAUCCCAUUUGUAUAUGUUUUACUGAAGGUGCUUUUUAUUUUCAGGCAACAUCUUUUAAUGUCUGUACCACAUGAAAACAGAUAAUGGAAUUUUGAUGAGAACUGUACUUUAUUGAUAAGCACACACUGUAGAUCAAAUUAACUAGUAUUAAUACAAUUUAAAUCUUCCCCCAGCAUCACGCUACCUGUUGCACAGAACUCCAUAAUGCCCAACAUACUACUUGUGUUCUUGAGCAUGGUUUGCCCUGUUUCACACUUUGCAUAUAUUUAUGCCUCAGAUCUUGUUUUGGUUUUCUGUUUGUUUGCUUUUUGUUUUCAAGUGAAUUGUUACCCUGCGAUUUGGACCUGUGCUAAGGAAGCUAUUAACUUAGUUGUCCUAAGGUCCUCCUUAUUUCUGUUUGUGUUUUAUCACCACUGAAUUCCUAUUUCACUGUUUUUUCUCAGGAGACUGUUGCAGGAGAUAACCAGCAUAAACUGUGGAGCAACCUUGAAAAGGCCUUUCCUUUCUUUUUGUAACAGCUUGAAAAGGAAGGGUCUGCAGCAAUCAGGAUACAAAUCCCAGCCAUUCUGAAUUUAAUGGCAGUUUCUGCCAUUUUUUUUAGCAGGGCCAGGAUUUCACCUUAUAUGUGCUAACUGUAUGGUGGUCUGUGUUGUGUUUCUUAGCUGACUUUGUUAGGAAACACUGUGAAGUAUUUGUUGGGUGAGCUAUGCUGUUAGAACUGAAAACCACUAGAGUGAGUUUUGGGUAUCUUCAGGAAUUUUUAGUAUCUCCAAUUAUGAUCACUUACUGCUGACACCUAAAGAUCAGAACUUUGGCUGUUACUUACCUUUGUCCAAAUGCACAUCCUGGGGUCUUGUAGGCUGCUGCUGUGCGUGCAACCUUGUGGCCAUUCAUAAAUAUGUGGAAACCUUUGCGUAUAUUUUCAAGUCUGAAGGUCAAGUUCUGCCCUUGGCUGAACUCCAGUAAAGUCAGCGGGAAUCCCUUCCAGGUAUAAAUGAGGGCAGAAGAUGGUCCUGAAGGUCCGUGAGUGUGACAUUUGCUCUCCUCAUACCCCAAGCUCUGUUUGAAAGUUUCUCUUACUUUUGUAAAGACUGGGUCUCAUUAAAGUGCUGGGUUUUUUUCCUUUGCUCAGUAGCCAAGGGUAAAAGACAGGUGCUAUUUUACCCCUUUCACAUUUUCUAACAGCUGAACCUCUUCUCCCACAGGGAUUUGCUUACAAGGAUUUUUUUUUUAGCUUCAAGCUUUACACAAGUGAUUUCCUAGCUUAGAAAAGUUGUUUAUUUGUUGGGGGGGAUCAGUUAUCACUCCUGUCAUGCACCUGACUGUCCAUUUGGGGGUCUCUUAAUGAGAUGAUUUUUGCAGGGUCUUUUAUCCAACCAAGUUCAGCACUGCACUGGCAGUGCUGGUGUUAGUAUGUUAUGCUUCCAAAGCAAAUAAGUCUGCCCUGAAGUAAUGGUGCACAACUCUUAUUAGUGGCAAGGAAAGUGAACAUGUGCUUCAAAGAGGCAGAAACCAGCUAUGAUUUGGGGAUGGAGGAUGGGGUUUUCUUUUGUAUUGGGCACUUUGUGCACUCACUUUUUAAACAAAAUUAGAACUCUGAAUGCUAAUAAACAGAAGUCUCUGGUUUUAUUUGAUGUUUUCUGACCAGAGGACCAAAACAGGGUGACUUGCUAUUAUUAUUUUAGGUAAUUGGGUAACAGCUGUAACUUUUGCUUGUUAGGAAGAUUUUACAGAUGCUGUACACUUGCUUUCUGAAGAUGCUACUGAGCAUAUUUAAAUUGCAGUUGCUUGGUAAUGAGCAAAGUAGGGCUUGCAAAGCAGAAAGACCACUGGCUAUGUUUUUCAGGUACCCAUGAGCAGAACCUAACGUAAUUCCCUUUCUUAAUUUUUUGAGGGGGAGGUGGGGGCCAAGGCAGGAGAUGCAGUCUAAAGGAGGAAAAGUUAAAAUUCCCUUCUCUGUAUUGGGGGACUUGUCUCCUCUUAGUGCAUAUAAUUCCAAGUUAGAUCCAAUGGGAUUAGUGCAUGUACAUCAAGGGGAGAAUAGGCAUGUUUCAUGUGUUUCCUUUUUUAUUAUCAUAACAUAUUGGCCAUGCUUUUGUUUUGAAAGUAUAAUAAAAAUAUUAUUGUUUACAAAAUUUUGGGUCUUCUAAGCAGACAUAACGGUAACAAUUUGGAAAACUGAAAUGUACAGCAGUGCACAGAGCAGGACACAAAAUCAUGCAAAAAACCUAAUCUUUCAUUGAACUUUCUUCGUUUCUUCAAGUAAGUUUUUUAUAUAUCUAUAUCUAAAUAUACAGAAUGUGUAUAAAUUAACAUGACUGGAAAUAGCUGCAGUAAAUGUGUCUAAUGAAGAGUAGCAGGUGGCUUGAAUUGGAAAAGUGAGCAUAGAUUUUAUAUCUUACACUCUUCUGGUUUAAUAGAAUAUAGCUUGUAUAUUUGACUACCAAGCCCUCUGAGAGCAAUAAUAAACAAAAAUAUAUCAU